GACAUGAUUCUCUGCAUGCAAAAGUUCCUCCUCGCUUAUAUCGGUAACGAAGGCUAAUAGCAAUUCGUGAAACAUGUUGCUUCAGUAAAUUGCUGAAAAGAACUGAUAAUGUUGCUCAAAAUACGCCACGCCCUGCUCGAGAUAACUAAUCCACCAGCCACAAAGCAGUCUGCCAUCAUAAUCAACAAUGAGAUUAUUAUCAGCUCGGCGAGUGUUCUACAGCCCCACUGCCGUGUGGGGACCGAUGGAGACACAGACCAGGCGUACAAUGGAAUCAUCAAUGGUCUCCAGCAGUGCCAGCUUAUCAAUGCCCAGGAUGAAGAGAGCCGGGCAGGAAAAUUUAUACGUUCGCUCAAUUUCCUGGUGACCUUUGACCGCCAAAGUCAACGGCCACAGCGAAAUGUUGCCGCCAGCUCGAGGCGCCACAUCCUCACUCGCUACACGCUACAUCCUCUGUAUGUCUUCUGCGCCUCAGAAGUGUCUCGAAAUCUACAUAAGAUCCUUCUAUCUGCGGAUUCGGGGGAUCAUAACUGGGUGCUCCGUUCAAGCUUCGUGGUCCUGAGCAUGCGGCCGUCGUCGGAAAGAGAAUAUUUUGAGCGCUUCCUUGUGCUCAUUGGGAACUAUUUGCGUCAUUUGCAGCCCAUUCACACUCUGGACGAUGUUUUGGUCAUGUGCUCGCCCUUUGGCCUUGAAAACUUCUACAAGACCAUCAGCAUAGGAAAGGUAUCGAACGUGAUGGGGCGCAGCGGUUGCUUGUUUGCCAUCUCGAAUGCCCUGCCGCUGGGCUGCGAGGGAUCGGCCGUGUUUAACAACAAGUUGCGUCUGAUUGGCAUUGUGAUAUGUACUUCUUUCCAGCGGCAGCAGGAAAACGUCAACCUAACUCUGGCCGCUAAUUUUGGGUACCUCUUGAGGAAUUUUAUGGAGCAGCUGGGCAUUCCAACGACAACAUUCAACUUGACACGGGAGCCCUCGAGUUUUGCCUGGGAGCGCACUAUUGUAGUAAUUGAUUCGUCGGGUCAACAAGGUACAGGCACCUUUAUUAAGGUCCACAACAAGCACUUCAUCUUGACCUGUGCGCACGUUGUGGGACAGCCCAAUGCCAAGGUCCACUGUCGCGCAGCCGAUCGCGAGUUCCAGUCGGAUGUGAUCUGGUGCAAUCCGGACUCUACUCGUCCCUACGACCUGGCCCUGCUGACGGCGCCUGACGAUGUGCCCGAACGCCAUUGCGUGCGCCUGGCGAAGACUCCGGCCACACUCGGCCAGACCGUUUACAACGCGGGUUUUCCCUACUAUGUGAACUUUAACUUCAAGUACGACUUCAAUCCCUCGAUAUUCCAAGGUCGGAUCAUCAAUUGUGACAAGGGAGCAAUCAUGUCCGAUGGUAGCGUGCAGGCCGGCCAAAGCGGUGGUCCAAUGUUCGACCACAACGGCUACAUUCUGGGUGUUUGCGUCUCGAACAUAAAGAUGGACGAUGUCAUCUAUCCGAACAUCAAUACAGCCAUUCCCAUUUGUGAUAUACGCAACACCCUGCAGCAAUUCGCCCGAACCAACGAUGUGAAAGUCCUCAACAAUUUGGUUGCCAGCCAGGAAGUGCAUCGGGUGUGGUCUUUGGAAAUGCCGCCCAUACAAAGCAAACUCUGAAGGAAGUUCUAUUGCAAUUAUAGAUUUCUACUAUAAUUGAUAAAAUAAUGUGCUAUUUUAUAAAGUGUGCCGUUUGAAGCGUAAGAAUAAGUGAUACCAUAAAUAAACGAUUAGUUAAAGGG